CAUCGUCUUCUAGCCGCUAAACGGGAUAGACCGGUGUGAACAUUAUUCUUACCAUUCAUAAAUGUUAUUUUAUUGCAUACUGGGCAUUUCGACCUACGUGUCUCGAUAAAUCUCUCUCGUCUGCUCAACUUUUCCUACCAUUCGUGGUAUUCGAGAAUAGGUCGGAACCUACUCGCAGUCAAGUAUGAGCUGAAAGGAAGGGCACUACGCGAGGACGUCAAGUGCGAGUUACACUUCCACUGAAUGCGCGAUGGUACCGUGAGGCUCUCCGCCUAAUCUAUAGUCUUUAGGCAGAGGGAUGCAUCAGUUUAACCCUUUGCUCUGCUCUCCAGAGUUGCACAUAUUUGUAAAUACAGUAAGAUUGAGUAAAUAAGCUGAGGAAAUGUGUUACGGGGCUGCAGCUAUUUUGGGGAGUUGUGUUGGGCAGUAAUUCUAAGGAUAUUUUUUCAUCAUUUGCUUAAACUUCGAUGGCUUGAGUAUUUGCAUACAUGCAUGCUGACAGGCAAGAAUGUAAGGUAGCCUAUGUCCUGUUUACCGCUCUCACAUCACACGGAGUAACGGAGCAUCGGUUGGAUUUACAGCGCUGGACAUCGACCUAUAGCGCAUUUAUUCGGAUUGGGUUUGAGUACCCAGAUAAAUAACUUUAGAUAUAUGAAUUAUUGGGAUUGUCUGGUCACCUGCUUUCCGUGCCUGUCAUAUGCCACCGACAACGGAAAUUCAAGAGCAAAAUUAAUAUGGCAUAAACUAUUUCUGGAGACGCCAGUCACAGAUAUCGCCGACGACUUGGAUAGGGUGGAUGAGAAUUUCCCAAACGGUCCAAUCCUAUGCAUACCGUGCUUGUUUACUCGCUACGCUGUCUAGUGUCUUCGAGAAGAGCUCAGGAGGAAUGCUGGUCCAAGAUCUAAUACCAUUUAUUUUACGUUUUUGGCCUCUUCUUUUCGGUCAUUGCAUUCUCUCGUUGGUUUUACUCUCAUGCCAGGGUGAACUCCAGAGGUCAUGCUCACAGACUGUAGCUGAGAAAGUGAGCGAACACUGCCAGCUGGCAUGCCAGUGUAGAAGCUACCCUCCCCUUCCUCCCCCGCCUCCUCCCCCACCUCCCCCACGGCUACUGUUGGCCACAGUGGUUGAGUCCCCUCUGCCACUGUUGAGGCCAUGGUGGAUGGAGAUCCUAGUGCUUGGAACGGUGGGCUGUGCCUCAGCUGUUUUCCUCCUUUCAGCCAUGAUCAUCUGCUACAAGGCCAUAAAGAGGAAACCACAACGGAAAGAGGAGAACGGGAUGAGUCGUGGAGAGUAUGCCAUGAGUGCACGCAAAAAGAAGGCCAUGGGCCCCAACAAUACUGUGGUGUAGACUGUUCACUGACAGGAAGAGGAAUUGACAUAACCAUAACCCCCCCCCCCACCACCACCAUCCAUCCUCCCCAAAAUGCAACAAUUCCCUCUUACCUAGAACGCCACAGGGGUUGACCUGUUUAAAACACAUUAACGCCUUUCCUUCUCUCUUAGCAUGUUGCCUGGAUGAAAGGAAACUUCCAGAUAAAGGAAAGUAGUGAAAAGAACAUAAAAAAAACAUUGAAGUGGAUUCAGAGAACUAAUAAUAAAGUGAAUUGAGGACUUCACCAGAUUGAACAUCAUGUUGUCAACACAAAGUGUCAUUGACAGGAGGAUGGUUGACUGCUAGGCUACCCAUCUAUACAUCUCCGCACUUCUUACAGGCAACUACAAUGUAGGAACAGACGUUGAAGGACUUCAAUGGGAUAGGAGGUUGCGAGGACCAAAUCAUGAAGAAAAUGUGCAUGCAGGUUUUACUCUUUGGGCUGUCUCUCACCUAUGCUCCUCUGACCCUUUUUCAUAUUUAAAGCAGAAUUUGUACAACACUGUCACAGUUGCAGGUGUGGUUUGGGAUGUAUAGUAAUCAUCUGACUAUGCAAUUCAAAAAUAUAUACAGGUCAUACCAAGUGUGAAGUAAAAGAAGGGGAUCAAGUCAGUUCCUAUGUUCCAUACCAACAACACAGCUGAGAACUGGUCUUAUUUAUUUGUUCAUUUAUGUAUUUAUUGUCUGCGUAUGAAUUUCAUUUUAAUGAUUUGAAAUGUGUUAUUUAUUAUUUUUUAUGAAUUAUUUAGUAAUCAUAUCAUUAAUUUGUAAUGUUUUGAUGCUUUAAGCCCACCACAGGAGGUUGGUGGCACCUUAAUUGGGGAGGAGGGGCUCAUGGUAACGGCUGGAGCGGAAUUAGUGGAAUGGAAUAAAAUACAUCAAACACAUGGUUUCCAUUUAUUUUGAUGCCAUUCCAUCUUCUCCGUUCCAGCCAUUAUUAUGAGCCAGCCUCCACUGAAGCCCACUGUUCAUUUGCUACUGACACAGUAAACACUUCAGCUUGCUCUGCAAUGAGUUUUGGGUAUCAAUUGUUCAUCUCUUGCUGGUUGACAUGCCUUUUUCUCUUCCCCUGUGUCUUCAGCAAAUAUGAUGGGAAUUUCUGUGUUUUAAGUUUGUGAAUGUGUGCUUUCUGACCAUGCUUUUAGCAGCUUGUUCUGUACUACCCUCAAGUCUUUAUCACAGGUGAAUGCCCCCUACAAUACUAACAUUAUAUUACAUUUUGUUUCGUCACAUCUCAAUGGUUAGACAGCCAGGGGAGGCAGUGGUGGACAGUGGGAAGCCCUUUGCCAUGUUCUGAUGUGAUUUUUCAGUCUUAAUUGUUCCACCUUUCAGCAAGGGGAGAACACAUCACUAUAGAAACAGUGCACAUGAGCCCAGGGCUCAAGUGCUGUGUGGUGGAGGACAGGAUUCUAAACAGAGGCUAAUCCGGAUAUUAAGUUGCAGAGAGGAUGGCCUCAAAAGGGACAUGUGACUCACACUCACAGGCAUCCUCAACAUCCUUCUGCUAUAAACAGUACACAGUUGACUUAAAGCAUCAAUCAAUUAUUAAGAUACUUUUUGGCAUAGGUGCAGUUCAUCUGUAUAUAAUGUGUGUGUGAGUGUGUGUGAGAGAGAGAGCACAAUAGAUGGAUGUCUGGCAGUAUCUCUGAAAUGUUCCAUUACUGUUGAAUUUUGUAAACACAGACCUUGCAUUGUGAUUUGCAUACAGGGGUGGACUGGGACCAAAAAUUGGCCCUGGCAUUUCUAACACACCAGCCCAUUUCUUUCCUCGAGG